AAAAACCGAUAAAUAAAACUAAUGUGAAAAAUAUUCUUUCUAAUUGGAGCUAAAAAACCCCGUCCAAAUUUCCUUGUAAAGCACGUCUUCUAGAAAACCUAUGAAAGUCUAUAUAUACAAAGAGUUGUUCGCAAAAUUUCUCUCUUCUCUCAAUUCAUUUCUCGCUUUCUAUUUGCUUUUUUCUUCAGCCGUCUUUCCUUCGCUUCAAAAGCUCGUUUCUUUCUCCUUCAUUCCCGUUUCUCCUCCCGUUUCUUUCAGAUUAUAAGGCGUUUCUUUUAAGGCUUCGUUCUCAAAUUUCCAAUCUUUCAGAUUAAUUCUGCAUUUCCGCCCUCAAUUGAUUCAGGAUUAAACAAAGAAUUUAAACCUCUGAGCUAGGUGGAAAUGAUUUGCAGCUAUUUUGUGUAAAUGCAACUUAGGAUUCGAGAUGCAAAGUCUUCAGGGAAUGUUUGCUUGAUGAACAGUUUUUCAAGUUGCAGCAAUAAGAAAACGUUAAAGAAGUGGUUUUUCAUCGACAAGAGGGUCGGAUAGUUGAGAUUUUUAACUAAAACAUUUGCGUAGCUCAAUUACUAAUUCUGAUUAGUUAAUACAUUCAUAUAAGAAGCCAAGUUAGUCUCUAGUUUUAAGGUAACCUUUACUAGCAAAACUGGAUUCGCUGGACAUGAUUUCAGGCCAAACCUCCCCUGUUCUGGCUGAUCCCACUCCCAUCAAGGAGAGAGUAGGCAUUCAUUCGAGCCUAAUGCCUUACUCAAAGACCGGAACAUCAUUCUCAAAGGGGUUGUAUAUACCGAUUCCUAAGAAAAAAUCUGGCAAGCUUGAAGAUGUUCUGUCUAAUGGUUGGUUAGAUGCCAUGAAGUCUUCAUCCCCUCCUCGCAAGAAGCUGCUUAAGGACUUCAAUAUUGGAAUUGCUUCAGAUGACACUGAUUUUGUUUACUCUUCUUGGAUGAAGAAGCAUCCAUCUGCCUUGACUUCAUUUGAGCAAAUCUUCGAUUCUGCUGAGGGCAAGAAGAUUGCAAUCUUUUUGGACUAUGAUGGGACCCUUUCUCCCAUUGUCGAUGACCCUGAUCGUGCACUUAUGUCUGAUGAUAUGCGCUCUGCUGUGAGAAAUGUUGCUAAGUAUUUUCCAACAGCGAUAAUUAGUGGAAGAAGCCGUGAUAAGGUAUGUGAUUUGGUAGGUCUGGCAGAACUACACUAUGCCGGUAGUCAUGGGAUGGAUAUCAUGAGCCCCGUGCACAAAGUGUCUGAUGGCAAUUCUAACACUAAUAACUCUACUGACAAGCAAGAUAAGGAAGUUAGUCUGUUUCAGCCUGCUAGCGAAUUUUUGCCCAUGAUUGAUAAGGUUUUUAACACCCUUGUUGACACGACUAAGGAUAUCAAAGGAGCGAAAGUUGAGAACCACAAGUUUUGUGCAUCCGUACAUUACCGUAAUGUUGAUGAGAAAAAUUGGCCUACCAUUGCUCAGCUUGUUCAUGACAUCCUUAAAAGCUAUCCUCGCUUACACUUAACUCACGGGCGAAGGGUUUUAGAGGUUCGACCCAUUAUUGAUUGGGAUAAGGGGAAAGCAGUUGAAUUUCUGCUUGAAUCCCUUGGCCUAAGUGAUUGCGAUGAUGUGCUACCAAUUUUCAUAGGAGAUGACAAGACCGAUGAAGAUGCAUUUAAGGUGCUACGGAAUGGAGACCGGGGUUAUGGUAUUCUAGUAUCCCCAAUCCCAAAAGAAACCAAGGCAUUCUACUCUCUCAAGGACACUUCAGAGGUAAAGCAAUUUUUGGAGGCUCUAGUGCAGUGGAGGGAGCAUCACCACAGUAAAAAGAGCAGCACCAAUUAAUUUAUAGGAUUUAUGAUUAUAUAUUUUUAGGCUAGUGAUAAGAUUUUCAAUUUAUGCAGCAAAGGCUGCCUGCAUUUUUCACAAGUUCUAGUUGAAGCCUGUAAUUUAGUUUCUUCUUUUUCAAGUUUUCAUUUUUUGUGAAAAAAUUUCCACAUCUCUCCCACCUAUAAAAGUAAAUGUAUGUUUAAGGGUGGAGAGCAAUCUCAAUUUAAAUCUUUGUCAAGUGAUUAAUCCCAAGGCUAGCUUUUGUGUUUA